GAGACCAUACACGUGUUCUGUGUGUGGACGAGGCUUCAACUGAUUGUUGAACCUGGAGAGUCACAAGCACACCCGCACCAUGGAGAAACCAUGGAAAUGUAGGGACUGUGAGAAGGGAUUCAAAACCCCAUCGAAGCUGGAAACGCAUCGACGCAGUCAUACCGGGGAGAGGCCGUUCACCUGCCCUGAGUGUGGGAAGGGAUUCACUGCUCCUUCCACCCUGCGGACGCACCAGCGAGUUCACACCGGGGAGAAGCCCUUCACCUGCUCUGAGUGUGGGAUGGGAUUCAGUGAUUCAUCCAACUUCCAGAGGCAUCAGCGAGUUCACACCGGGGAAAAGCCAUUCACCUGUUCUGACUGUGGGAAGGGAUUCAGUAUUUCAACCCAUCUGCAGACACACCAGCGAGUUCACAGCGGGGAGAGGCCGUUCACCUGCUCUGAGUGUGGGAAAGGAUUCAGUAAUUCAUCUGACCUUAGAAAACAUCAGCGAGUUCACAGCGGGGAGAGGCCAUUCACCUGUUCUGAGUGUGGGAAGGGAUUCACCGUUUCAUCCACCCUGCUGGCACACCAGCGAAUUCACACCGGGGAGAGGCCCUUCACCUGCGCUGAGUGCAGGAAGGGAUUCACUGACUCAUACAGCCUGCAGACCCACAAGCGAGUUCACACCGGGCAGAGACCGUUCACCUGCACUGAGUGUGGGAAGGGAUUCACUCAUUCAUCCAAUCUGCAGACACACCAGCGAGUUCACACUGGGGAGAGGCCGUUCACCUGCUCUGAGUGUGGGAAGGGAUUCACUCACUCAUCGCACUUGCUGAGACACCAGCGAGUUCACAAGUGAUUACAGGGUUUGGAUUCUGCUGCUAUUGCUGCUGUUAAUCACAUCCAGGACUGAACCAUGUUCAUUCUGACACUUGGUGAAGUGGGAGGGUUGGAGGGUUUUUUUCUGCUGG